AUGAAGUGUGAUCUAUGGAGCAAGUUUGAUUGUUUAAUAAGUCAUUUGAAUUCAUAUAAGUCAGAUAUAAGUGAUAAAUUGAAAUAUCCAUCUAUUUUGAUUACUGAAUGUCUAGAAACUGAUCCAAAUCCCAGUCUUUCAAUGAAAUUAAGUUUUAUUUGUGAACAAAUAAAUCUUCUUACAAUGAAAGUGCCAAAAUACUCAUCAGAAACACUAAUGUUUUCUUGUAAGUUUUUUUUCACAUAUCCUGCAGCAUACAGACUAAUUCGAAAUAUCUCAAUAUUGAUACUGCCACAUCCUGUUUAUCUUAAAAAAAUGGUAAUGGAUUUAGGUCAUUAUCAAUCUGGAAUAAGUAAUUCACAUAUUACUUACCUGCAUAAAAAAUCUAAAAUUUUAAAUAAAGAAGAAUGCAUUGUGAAUGUAUUAUUGGAUGAGAUUUAUGUCAAACCCAAAUUAUUGUACAAAAGUGGUCGAAUUGAAGGCAUGUCAAAAAAUAUUGAAAACACCAAGGCAACUACAAUGCAACUUUUUAUGAUAUCUUCAGUAUUUUCCAAAAACAAAGAUGUAGUUGCAUUAUUUCCCGUUAAAAAUUUAACUGGCAUAAAAUUACAUGAAAUGACAUGUAGUGUGUUAAAAUUGUUAAAAAAAUUUGGGUACAAAGUGAUAACAAUUAUAUCUGAUAAUAAUAGAAUUAAUCGUGUAAUGUUUGAAAAAUUUUGUAAUGGUUUAUUAACAACAAAUAUUCAAAAUCCAUAUUCACCAUCAGACAAGAUAUUUUUACUAUUUGAUUCAGUACAUUUAUUAAAAUGUAUCAGAAACAACUGGUUAAACCAACAUGACAAUAGGCAAACAUUUGUUUUCCCUACGUUACAAAAUUCUGUUUUAUUUGAUUAUAAUAAUUCACUUCCUGACAUAUGUUUUGAUAAUUUGCAGUGCCUAAAAACAAUACAUUUUCAAGAAAAAAGUAGUACUGUUAAAUUAGCUCCAAAAUUAUCUAAGAAGGUGCUUUAUCCAUCAAAGUUAGAGAGACAAAAUGUAGCACUAGUUUGCAGUAUAUUUGAUGAAAAAAAUAUAGCUGCUUUGAGAAUCAAACAUCAAAUACAAAACAGUAAGGAAACUUCUUACUUUCUAGAUAUAAUUUCCAAAUGGUGGAAAAUAGUAAAUGUUAAACAUCCACAUAAAGGAAAAAUUUUAAAAGACAAAUUUUCUGAACCAAUAACAGAUACUUCGGAUUUUAAAGUUAUAUUUUUAAGAAAUAUGUUUAAAUGGCUCCAAGUAUGGAAUAAUUAUAAUCAUCAGGUUGCUCAAAUGUCCAGUAAUCGACAUGGAAAAUUAACAGUAGAAACUCAAAAAGCAUUAGAGAAUACAAUUAAAGCAAUGUAUGAACUUACAGAAUUUAUAUUAAAUGAACUUGGAGCACAUUAUGUGUUAUUGGGUAAAUUUCAAACAGAUAUGCUGGAAGCUCACUUUGGACAGUAUAGACAGAUGUCAGGAAGUAACUAUCAUAUUUCUGUUUCUGAAGUUAUUGAAUCAGAAAGAAAACUGAAAUUAAUAAGCUUGCUAAGUAUGAUAUCAUCCAAUAUUGGAAAUUUUCAAAUUAAAGCUUUUCUUGAAUCUUGUGCUAAUAGUGCAGAGUUGGAUAGAUUUGAUUUUGAUGUUGAAGAAGCAUUUGAAGGCAUAACAGAAAAAUCUGAUGAUAUUAUUGUUACAGAACAGAACAUGUCAGUUCUGAUUUACACUGCAGGAUAUGUUGCAUAUUCGGUAAUUAAGAAAACUUCUUGUGAGCAAUGUAAAUCAUUACUAGCAUGUGAUUCUCCACUAGAGUAUGAAUGCACAGAUGAUGAUUUGGCAAAAUAUCUGAAGUUAAUUGACAGAGGUGGUCCUAAAUGGCCACAAGAAUUUGUUGUUGUAAUAUGCAUAAAUACCUUUCAGAUAUUUCAGACCAUUCUGAAUGAUUAUGAAUGUGAAUUUUUGGCACUAAAAAAUGGAAAAAAAAAGCUUUAG